UACACAUUGGAUUCACAGGCGAGUUCCUGCUGUCGCCGAGUCCGCUUUACAUACGCGGUUCUGGUGCUCUUAAACGGGUUUUAUUUUGUUUACCGUUUCCGCUCGUCUAGCUGCGAUGCCGACCGUCAGAGAAAAUAUGAUAACGGGGCUGGACUUCAUGGAUUUCUUGGAGGAGACAAACAGAAGUUCGAAAACAGACAGGGAGGAACUUAAGGGCAUCUACAACUCAGAGUUCAGAAACAGAAACGGAGAAAGGCAGCCCUCUUUUUCCAGGAUCGUUUAUGCCUUGGUUAAACACCGCAAGGCGAAACUGAUCAGAGGACAGCUGUGCUUCAAUACGCAGGUGCGAGUGUUCUAUGGUGACCAGUGGAGUCGGCCCCCGCAGCAGCCUGGAGCUGCCCCCAUGCCCAUCCCGAAUGGAGCUCCUCUCGGAUCUUCCCCUGCCUCUGGCCUCGGACAGGUGCCAGGGAGAAAGAAGCUGGCCAGAGCCCUCCUCCAGCUUCUGAAGCAGAACAGAUCUGCCUUUAUUGCUGACAAGGCAGGCAUUGUGAUCACAUCAGAUCAUGAGUCCACAGACAACAAGAUCACGUUCAAAGUCUCCCCUAAUGAGCCCUACCACCUUCACUUUUACAUUGAAAACAAAGGGGAGGACCCUGUGCAGUUUACCCUCUACACCCCUCUGCACAGGAUGCGGUUUUUCAGUUUUGUGGAUGAACAGCGUGUCACCAGGGCCUGUCCUCUCCUUCUCAAUCCAGGUGACCGCUAUGAAAUCCAGGUUCAAUGCCAAGUUUCUCACUUUGGGUUCUUUCCUGUCACGGUGGCCUUUGAGUUCAGACCCCACGGUGUGGCCAACUCCAAGCCGUUUUACAUCAUCCGCUACCUGGGGGCUGUGGCCAACAGCAGCUUGGCAGAGCAGCUGGGCCCCAGCUCUCCAUACAGGCCUUACCAGAGGGCUAUCCGCAGGCCUGUCACCAUCCAGGUGGAGGAGGGAGUCCCACCAGAAAGCAAUACAGUACAGCAGCUGAAACAAGUGGUUUUUUGUGCGCCGUACAAUUACCCCAGUUACUUGAAGAACCUUGCGAGAGAGAGACUGGAAGACUCGGAUAGGCUGUUCCCCACAGACAGAAACCAGCUACUUUCUGUGAGGGCUCUCCUGGAACCUUCUCUGAAUUUCGAGAACUACAGCAAGAGGUUCCAGCUGCUGCUACACUUGGAGGAGAUUCAGAUGGAGGUGGACAUUAAGAAGUAUGACAUGGAAGUGCAGACCAUGACAGAAGACCCUCAAAACAAGAAACUCCUCAUUCUUCAUGUUCCUGGUGUAGCGGAGAACAGACCCUCUGUUCUGAGGGGAGACCACCUGCUCGUGUCGAAGAGUGAUGACCAUGUUGAGCCUAUCACCAAGUACAAGGGCUACGUCUACAAGGUGGAGCUGGAGAGGGUCAAACUGGGUUUUUCCCAGAAGCUACUGCAUAUGUUCAUUCCCAACAUGAAGUUUGAUGUAUCCUUCACCUUCAACCGGAUGCCCCUGAAGCUGCAGCACAGGGCUGUGGAGAUGGCAAAUAAAAAUGGGCUGGGCAAAGUGUUGUUCCCCACUGCUUCCGAAGCGCCUGACCAGAACCUUCCAGACCUCAGAGCAAGGCUGUUUGACCAGAACCUGGAGAGCAAUCCAGAGCAGUACAGGGCGGUCCAGUGUAUCGUGGCUGGAGUGUCCAAGCCUGCUCCCUUCCUGGUGUUCGGGCCCCCAGGAACCGGUAAAACAGUCACCAUAGUUGAAGCUAUCAAACAGGUGCACAGAUUGGAUCCUUCCUCCCACGUCUUGGCCUGUGCCCCCUCUAACAGUGCCUCUGACUUGCUAUGCCAGCGUCUCAUCAGGCAUAUUGAUCAUCACCAGGUGUACCGCAUGUACGCCAGCAGCAGAGACCCCAACACCCUGCCCAUAGACCUGCUUAACUGUUGUAACUGGAACCCCACACGUGAUUGCUACGUGAAUCCUUCAAAAGAAGAGCUGAUGAAGUUCCGGAUCAUUGUCACCACUGUGGUCACUGCAGGAUGGCUGGUGUCAGGAGGGAUCCCACCAGGCCAUUUCACUCACCUCUUUGUCGACGAGGCGGGGCACGCUGUGGAGCCCGAGUGCAUCAUCGGAAUGGCGGGGCUCCUGGAUGGACACAGAGGGCAGCUGGUUUUAGCAGGAGACCCCAAGCAGCUUGGACCCAUUCUCCGAUCCCCCCUGGCGAUUACACAUGGGCUGGGGGUGUCCCUGCUGGAGAGGCUGAUGACCACUAAUCCCCUGUACCAGAAGAAUGUGAAUACGGGUCAGUACAACGGCAUCUUUGUCACCAAGUUACUACGCAACUACAGGUCUCAUCCAGCCAUUCUGAAGAUCCCGAAUGAGCUCUUCUACGAUGGAGAGCUGCAGGUGUUUGCAGACGAAAUCCUGCGCAGCACCUACUGCAACUGGGAGCACCUCCCAGAGCAGGGCUUUCCCAUUAUAUUCCAUGGUGUACUGGGCAAAGACGACCGGGAGGGGAAUAGCCCAUCAUUCUUCAAUGUGGCAGAGAUGGACAUUGUCAUCUUCUACCUCAAGAAGCUGCUGCCGAUUCGGGGCAAGAAGGGUACAACCAUCAUCUCUCCCAAGGACAUUGGCAUCAUCGCCCCCUACAGAAAGCAGGUGGAAAAGAUCAAGAAAGCCAUUUACUCUGUUGACCAAGAUCUUAAGAAUCUGAAUGACAUCAAGGAACUGAAGGUGGGCUCCGUGGAGGAAUUCCAGGGCCAGGAACGGCGGGUGAUCAUCGUGUCCGCUGUACGCAGUAGCCUAACCUAUGUCAAAAUGGACGAGGACUUUAGCUUGGGAUUCCUUAAGAACGAGAAGAGGUUCAAUGUGGCGAUGACCCGAGCCAAGGCUCUGCUCAUUGUGGUGGGGAACCCUGUCAUCCUCAGCAAGGACCCCACCUGGGGACGGUUUCUCAGGUACUGCACAAGUGAGCGAGGGUACACGGGCUACGACUUCUCCAAUGAUGAGGGGGAGGAUGAACUUAUGACACGGCUGGCUUCUCUGGAUCUUAGCGCUGAGUCUCCAGUGGUCUCAGAGGAGAGCGUAGUGCAGCAGCAGCUGGAGCCUGAGUGGAGAAGCGACAUGUGACGGAGACAUUCGCCGACGCCCAGAACAGUGAACUGCACCAGAAAGAAUUGAACGUAAUUUAUUUUUCCUUAUCUGUGAUCCAUGAGGCAUUAGCAUUAAUGUAGAUGGAGAAACAUCUACAAACAGCUGUACGAUGCAACUGUUUAACAAGAACAGACGCAGGCAUCCGUUAACAGCAGAGGACAUUAUCCAUGGCAAUCAAUUUAUUACUGUAAUUGAUGACAAUGAAGGAAUCCCAUCUGUUCCGCACAGUGGAAAGGCACUUAAUUCACAGGAAAUGUUUUGUUUUUCCUACCCUAUACGAUCAACUGGACCAUUUCUAAAUUCCCUAUCUCACCAGCUGUAUACCCCACGUGAAUGAGAGUGCCUUAACCUGCAUUUAUUUUCGGACGUAAGAGUGGAUCACACUGCAGUGUUUGCUCUAAAACAUUAUUGGGUAGUUUCACAGGCAGCCGCAUCGUCAGUGCAGGAGCCUCUUGUUCUGCCAGAGCAGCUGUUUCCCGCCCUUUACAAUAAGUAGCACAGGAAAUAUAAAGAUACUGCCUGGAACUAUAGCAGAAUAUGAGUUAGAAGCAUCGUUUUUCCAAACCACAGGUUUUUACUCUAAUAAUUAUCACUAAGAGUAAUACAUUGUUGCAUCCUCUCAAUACUCAGCCCUCAAGAAUGACAAUCUAUAUUUUUCCACUGGACUAUCAUCCCGAUUUAUUGAUUAUGCUCAAGUAUGGAAGUUGUCAUCAGAUCAUAAGGAUUUCCCUUUUUUGGAAAUCCUUAUCCUUUUAAGAAAAACUUAGAAUAAAUCCUGUAGUGUGAUUCACCCUUUAAAAAGGAAAAUUCACGUGCGCCUCGUCCUUUGCAACUUCUGACACAAAGUGAGUUUUAAUAACUAAAAAUCAUGUUGAAGUUAGACUGAAAAGUUACCAUUGCAUUUGAAGCUUUUGCCACAUUAAGUGCCUUACUCGGCUGAAUCUAGUAUUGAUUUAAUACAGAGGUUUCUUGUAGCAAUUUGGAAGAACGCUAUAAAGUCCCAGUGUUAUACAGAUGCACUGGUUGGCAAUUUUCUCCUUUUGUGUACAAGGAUGUAUUUUACAAAGCACUGUUUACAUGCCUGCUGCCAAUCAGAGAACAGGCUGGCUCUGUAUUAAUGAAAGAAGCAUUGAACACAACUGGUUUUAAGUCCUUUUCCAGACCAGUAUACUUCGUAAGGUGUAUGCCUUUAAACUAGACAGACACAGGCAUGUUGAAUUGAGUUAAGUUUUUAGAUUUCCCAGUUAUAACCUGGUGUGUUCCAUGUCCAGGCCUUGUAACUUAUUGUAUAACCUAACAGGUAUAAAUGGGAAAUUUACAAAUUAAUUUGCACUUAGAGAUAUCUCAUUGGGGCUUAUUUGAUGUUUUUGUUAGUAUUUUAAGGUUGUGUGAUACAGAAUGUUGAAACGGAAAGGACUUUGAAUUAAAAGUGGUCAGGAAACUGACUAAUUUAAAGAUGCAGUCUAAAUGUUUGAAUUAAAGUGCAGCAUUUAAGAAAGCUGGUUUACCCUGAUGUUCAGCAUGGCCUUACUUUAAUAGCAAACUUAAAAGGUAUUAAUUUGUACUCGACUCUAACUAGGGUAAAAUCAGUGAAGGAUUAGAACAUAGAUUUUAGGCAAUAAAGGAAAUUUGUAGUGAGUUUUAUUAUAAUACUGACCACUGCCUGCAUCUUCUAAUGAUGAAGGUUAUAUCCUCUGAUGUGUUACUGGAGAAUUAAAUUUAGUAAGAGUUCUCAGCAGCAGCUACAGCAUUUCAGGAUGUCUCGCUUAGUAACACAUUUUAAAGAGGAUUAAUUUAUAGUAAUACAUAUGUUGCUACCUAUGUUGAAGACUGCCACUGACCAGUUUUUAUAAGAAAACUGGAUUCAAUUUAUGGUGGUACUGGUUUUAAUUAAUACUGUAUUUCUUAGUGGCUCAAGUUAAAACUUUUUUUACAUUCCCAGUUCUGCCAGCACAAUUCUUAUACUAUAAGGAGUGUUAUUGUUGAAAACUACUACUUUACAGAUUACAAAAAAUUGAAAAUCUAAGGUAACAGGACAAUAGUCCAUUAAAGUAAUAUUAGAUGUUUUG